UAGCAAAGGCAAUUAGUAGAGGGUGUUCGUUCUUUCCACCCAAAUCUGGAUUAGGGUUUUCCUUCAGAAAGUCUCCCUUUGUCUCUCUUACCAACGAUUGUGGAGAUUUCUUUCCUGCGAAGCCAAGCCAAGCCAAGCCAUGUACGGAGCGAGAGGGGCAAUGUUGGGAAGCGGGGGGGUUUCGGACGGGUACGAGGUCGGCUCAAAGAGACAAAGAAUGAUGGAAUCAAAUCCCUACUUCGCAGUGAGCAGCAGUUCAAGUGGCUACCAUUCUUACGGCUAUGGCAGUGGAUUCCAAGCCUCUGCAUUUCCCGUGGUUCGUCUCAGAGGACUUCCCUUCAACUGCUCCGACAUGGACAUUUUCAAGUUCUUUGCCGGGCUUGACAUUGUAGAUGUGUUGCUGGUGAACAAGAAUGGCAGGUUCUCGGGAGAGGCAUUUGUUGUCUUUUCAACACCAAUGCAGGCCGAGUUUUCUCUACAGAGAGAUAGGCAGAACAUGGGUCGGAGAUACGUGGAAGUUUUCAAGUGCAAGAAGCAAGAUUAUUACAAUGCUGUAGCUGCCGAGGUGAAUUAUGAAGGAAUUUAUGAUAACGACUACCAUGGAAGCCCUCCUCCACCUGCUCGAGCUAAGAAGUCUAUCGACAAGGACCAAUUGGAUUACACUGAGAUAUUGAAAUUACGCGGUCUGCCCUUUUCUGUGACGAAAUCUGAUAUUGUCGAAUUCUUUGGAGAUUUCAAGCUAACAGAUGAUAAGGUACAUGUUGCGUGUCGCCCUGAUGGGAAAGCUACUGGAGAGGCAUACGUAGAGUUUGCCUCAGCUGAGGAGGCUAAGAAAGCAAUGUGCAAGGACAAGAUGACCAUUGGAUCACGGUAUGUGGAGCUAUUUCCUUCGACUCCAGAUGAAGCCAGACGUGCCAAGUCAAGAUCACGGAAGUGAUGAACCGCUUGGUCUGGUUAGUUUUUGGUGCUAGUGCCAGCUCUCGAUGUUCUUCAUUUAUGAUCUGUUGGAGAGAUUUCUAUUGUGAUACUAAUAUUUGUGUUUAUCUUUAGAAUGUUUUGCUUCCUUUUUAUAUAAAUUCCUAUUGUGUGCUUAAAAUUUGCCUAA